UAUUGACUUUUCCUAGGUGGCCUCUGAUUGGUCACCACUCCGCGUUCCAUGCAAAUCAGCCGGCAUCUCAGUAAGUCUGAAAAUAUGGCGGCCGCUAGCAGGACGUGGUUCCGGCUCUCUCCACAAUUCCUCCGAAGUUUGCGUCGUUCAGAUGGAAAACUUUUCCACACUGGGAGAAGAAGACUGCAGACCAAGCCCAGCAAUGGAGCUGCUAGUGUCUAUCACAUGGCAAACACUGAGGCUCUGCCAGAGUACAAACACCAGGCCAAGAUCAUUGAUGGGGUUGCCAUGGCGAAGGAGAUCCGUGAGGAGGUGAGGAUGGAAGUGGACCAGUGGGUCGCUAAGGGACACCGCGCUCCACACCUCAGUGUUGUCCUCGUAGGAGACAACCCUGCAAGCGCAUCAUAUGUAAAGGCCAAAACAAAAGCUGCCAAAGGAGCUGGUAUCACCAGUGAAACCAUCCUCAAACCAAGCUCUAUAACAGAAGAGGAGCUGUUGGACCUGGUGGACAAGCUGAACAAAGACGACAGGGUGGAUGGCCUCCUAGUCCAGCUACCGGUUCCUGAUCACAUGACAGAGAGAACCAUCUGUAAUGCGGUGGCACCUGAGAAAGAUGUGGACGGCUUCAAUGUGGUGAAUGUGGGGAGGUUUUGUCUGGACGAGCCUGCCUUCCUCCCAGCUACACCAUAUGGGGUCAUGGAAAUGAUCAGGAGAACAGGCAUAGAAACCUUUGGGAAGAAUGCUGUUGUGUGUGGCAGGUCGAAAAACGUGGGGAUGCCCCUGGCCAUGCUGCUACACACUGACAAGGAACAUCAUGAGAUCUGUGCUGAUGCCACCACGACGAUCUGCCACCGGUACACCCCCGGGGACCAGCUGGAAGUGUUCACCAAGACGGCGGACAUCAUCAUCGUGGCGGUGGGCCAGCCCAACCUCAUCACUGCAGACAUGGUGAAGGAAGGGGUGGUGGUGAUAGACGUGGGCAUCAACAGGGUCAUGGACCCCGCCACUGGCAAAAUGAAGCUUGUUGGAGAUGUGGACUUUGAAGGAGUGUCCACGAAGGCUAGCUACAUCACACCGGUGCCAGGCGGGGUGGGGCCCAUGACUGUUGCCAUGUUGAUGAAGAAUACUCUGGCUGCUGCCAAGAAAGACCCCAGCUAUGGCCUGUCCAUGCACCCAAAGAAAACACUAGGCCAGGAAGUCUCAUAAACCAUAUAGCACUCACUGGUCACUUGCAACUUAGGAAUAUGUCCUAAAUUUGAAGAAAAAAAAUCUAGCAACCUCUUGUUGAGGGAUAUGUAGCAAUGGAAAGAAUCACUUUUACAUAUCUUCAUCUCUGUCACACCCUUCAUAGUUAUGGAUAUACCUGACUUACUGGAUUUCAUGUGACUAGUAUUUGGAGGCAUUAGCAUUGAAAUGCAGGGCAAGUAUACACACACUCAAGAUUAGUAUCAAGAACCAUGGGAGAGACAGAGCUACCUGCAGCACUGAUUACUUAAGAUUCAGGAAGUACUUACUUUUUCCAAGCCUUACAUUACAAUCUUACUAAAUGUACUAUAAAGGUUGAUCUUUUUCUAUGAAAAAUUCAUCCUUUAGUAGUUUCACAUAAAAGAGCCCUACGGUAUUUCUCUUUUGACAUUCUCAUUGAACCCUGAUGCAAAGUUUCAUUCACGUAGAAGUGACCUUAGAAUAUAUACUGGUAUAUAGUAGAAUUAAGCUGGUAUACUAGAAUUAAGCUGUAGUCAGUAUGCAUACUGAACAUUCUAUACAUUGAACCUUCUCCAUAUUACCUAAGCCUGUGAGAACCAAGAUUGGUCCCAAAAGGCUAAAUCAGCAGGUAAAGGCUAAUUGACUAGCUCUUCAAGUAUUAAACUUGAAUAGACUUGUGUACAGACACAAGUAUUACAUGGCUAAGAAACCUAUUUUCUGCAACUUAAAUAUCCUAGAAUAAUGAAAAUUAUGUACAAAAAAUAAUAUAAUGAUUGGUCAUGCUCUGCUCUUUAGUGAAGAAAAUCAUUGAAAAUCUAGUGUCAUUUCCUGAAUCUAUGGUCAAGGAAAAGAAGGAAAAUUUUGAGAAUGCUUGCUUAGUUGUCUUAGGCACAGCAACUUAUUUUAGAGCAGCAACUCACAACUGUAACAAUUUCAAAGCUCUGCUAACAUCCAAACAACUACACUUACCUGCAUGCAUCGCCGCUGUUUAUUUAUCGCACCAUAAAGAACCAUUUUAAGUACUAAUAUAUGUACAUGUAUUUAUAGGUUGUGGAAGAAGAUAUAUUUUCUUUAAGAAUAGCUAACUUAAAGUAGGUUUUAGCAGUGUGUCAAGUUGCUCAAAGCUUUAGAGAUAAUGAAAGUACUUGCACCCAACAUUGAGUCAUGAAACUGUGUUGUAAAGUGGUUGCUAGCUGGAAACUGCUGUGAGAUAACAUUAGUGUCAAACUGCUGUGAGAGACCAUCAUGGCUAUAUUGGGAUAAUGGUAAUGGAAAAUUACUGGUUCCGUUGGAAUUGAGAUUUAAUCCUGCCAGAGGAGACGCCAUCUGCUGUCUGAUGACAAUUGUCUGACAGUUUACUCGCAUGUGCCACAUAGAAAUAUUUAAAGAAUCAGAAAUUUGAGUGGAAAAAUUUACGUUGUUAUGUAAAAAUUAAGUUAUACUAAGAGGUAGGUUUUAGCCUUAGUUUUUUAGUACUGUAACAGUAACUUUAAUUAGAUGUUGUGCCAAUCAAUUAGAGCGAUUCUUCUCUAUAGAAAUUUACAGCAGUCCAAGCUUUAAUGUGUCACAAUAAUUCUCUUUUGGUGUAAUGACAAAUAUUUCUAGUUUUACAACAGAUCUCACAAUCAAGGAUAGAAUAAUUGAUAUAUAGAAAUCUGUAUGGGGGAAGUUUACUAGCUCAGCUGAUGCUAAAAACUGGUACCAGGAAAAACAAGAAUUCUGUUGUACAAAAAAAAAGAGGAAAAAGCUUUGUCGAAUAUUCUAAGAUACAUUGUCCUGGGACAUAUACUACAAUGUAUUGUACAUACAUGUAGUAGGAAGUUAUAUCAACUUUAUAUUGGAAUGUCAUACUUGUACUUAAGUCAGUAUUGUCUUUUUAAAUACUAGUAUACUGGUAGCUUUUAGUAACAAGGAAUGGUUGUUGUGUUCUUGUCAGUUUUUUAAUGUGCAUCUUGCCUUUUAGGUAUUUUUUAUGGCUGCUGGUGUUUAAAAAUGUAAGGCGCCAUUCUUUGCCAAAGGUACUUAAACUGUGUUAAUAGAUUAUCAAUAUCUUGCCUGUUGUUUUGUCAAGUAAUGUUGGAACAAUGUACAUUUUGGUUCCUUUCAAGUUGAACAUUUGUUUAUCUAUUUUAUAAACUUUUUGUUUUCAUUAUAUCUUACUGUUUCCCAUGUAUGGUUAUCCUAUUCUUCUCAUAUUCUUUGCAUAAAAUCGUUCCAGCCAUGUGGCUUUUUUCUGAUUUAAAACAGAGAGGCCAGUAUGGCAUAUAAGGUAACAAAACUUAUCAAAUGUACUGUUUUAUGUUAAACUCCUUUUAACCUUUUUUAAUGAUAUGCUGUUAUUGGUAGUCCCAAGUCCUUUCAAUACUGUUAGUGUGCCAAAGAACUUGUACAAUGUAUUUUCAAAGCUGCCAAAUGUCACAAAUUAUUUUGCAUUUAAAUUUGCAUUUCCUGUGUAACAAGUCAUCAUGAUUUAUCUUGUGUAAUAAAUUGCUGUUACAGUACGGUACCCA